AUGCCUUUUUUACUAAAAGAGGGAUAUGAUUCAAAUGCCCUAGUCCACCACUCGAACUUCUAUAAGGCUAUAACUACGCAUAUCUCGCUUCCUCGAACACAGAUUCUCUUUCUUUCUACACUUUUAGAGCAGGAAUCACAGGAAUACAUCAGAAAAGGAAAAAAUAAAUCGAGAAAGAUGGCAGCCGGCAAUGGCACCGGUGGUCGCAUCAAGCCACCAACACUGGUACCCUUGUUGGAACUUCGCCACCAAACAUCGACUCGGAUUCAAAAACCCCUGACCCGGACCUCGAACUCUCGUUCCAACAACGGUUCUUCAUCGAAUCCAAAAAGCUAUGGCACAUAG